AUGGCCUUCAACAAUAUCUACUGUAACACAGAGCCGUAUAUUGUAUCACAGCGCCCCCUCCCUGUGAUCGCGGAGAACCCUUCACGUGUGCAGGAGGAGGCGGGCAAGCGCUACAUCAGUGGACUACUGAAGGAGCUGAGAAGACAGCUUGGUAAGAGUUGCUUUGGCCGAAAUAAGUCAAAUAUGCAGACCGAACCAUCGCUCAUGUGGGAUGAGCAGAAGGCCUACGAGGAACUCUUGUACUGGGAUAGUUUGAUUCAAGAUGGUCACCGACUACACCCUCAUGAUUUUGACAGGUAUGAGGACCUGCGUUACUGGUAUGACUGCCUGUUCUAUGAAGAAGAGCUCAGGAAGUACAAUGACUACAUUGCAGCCCUUCAUGAGCAAGAGAAUCAGCAUGUUUAUGCGCCGCAAGCGCCCCCCACACCACCCAACCGCCUGUUUGCCACCGCAGACCGUCAUGUGAUGGUGAAACAUAACGACAUCUACCCGGCAGCAGAGGAUCUGGAGGCCGUGCAGACCAUGGUGGGGCAUGUGGAGUGUGCCAUGAAGGCCGUCUCGGACUGGAUGAACGAGCAGGACAUGCUGCGGUCUGCGGAGAGUGAGCCGACGCGCACGCUGCGCGGGGUGUUCCGCGUGGGCCUGGUGGCCAAGGGCCUGCUGCUGAAGGACGAUCUGCAGGUGGAGCUGGUGCUGCUCUGCAAAGACGUGCCCACCAACUCCCUUCUCAUGAUGGUGACGGGCAAACUCUCCAUCCAGCUCAAGGGCCUUGCUGGUGAGGAAUACACGGUCACUCCAAAUCCAACGGAAGCGUGCAUCACAGUCAAGAGCACCGCAGAGCCUGUGCUGACCCUCACGGUGCACGUGACCUCCCCAGAAGUGCGGCAGCAGGCGUCACGUGAAGAAACACAAUCGGUCAGCCCUCCGCCGGACGCCCUGGACAGGCAGAAAUGCCUGGAUGCCUUGGCGUCUCUACGCCACACCAAGUGGUUUCAGGCCCGAGUGACCGAGCUGAAGUCCUGCGUGGUGGUCACCCGCAUCAUGAGGGACCUCUGCACCUGUGUUCCCUCCUGGGUCCCACUGAAGGGAUGGGCCCUGGAGCUGCUGUGUGAGAAGGCGAUCAAGACCUGUGAGAGACCUUUAGGAGUAGCAGAAGCCCUCCGCCGAGUCUUGGAGUGUGUAGCAUCUGGAAUCCUGCUGGAAGAUGGCCCAGGCAUCCUGGACCCUUGUGAGUCGGAGCCCACUGACGCCACCAGCAACAUGACCCUUCAGGAUCGAGAGGAACUCACUGCAAGUGCCCAAAAAGCCUUGAGGCUGUUUGCCUUUGGACAGGUUCACACAGUUCUGGGUAUGGACCGACUCAAUUACACGCCCAAGGCUAACCGAGGGAGAUUCCCUGGUCCAGGAGGAGGCAUGGACAGACUUGUGAAGCCAGUGGGUGCACUGCCGGCCCCUCCAUCUAAGAGACCCAUGGAGGAUGGAGCCAAUAGCAGCAUCGCAAACAAGAAGAAGAAGUUUCAGAAGCCACAGAAGAAACCGGUGCCCUCGGAGCAGAGCGGCCUCCCCCAGAGCUCGGUGGUGAUGCUGAAGCUGAACAAGAUGCGUCCGGGCCUCCUGUACCGGCUGGUCUCGCAGACGGGCCCCGUGCACAUGCCCAUCUUCACCAUGGCCGUGGACAUCGACGGCGAGACCUACGAGGCCUCCGGGCCGUCCAAGCGCUUGGCCAAGCUGCAGGUGGCCCAGAAGGCCCUUGAGGGAUUGGGUGUCCGUGUGAAUCCAGAGAAGAAAACCGCAGCGGCGCCGACGCUGGCGAACCCCGUAGUCAAAGAAGAGCAGGAGGAACUACCAGACACGACCACGACAACAACUCUAGUCUCAGUGGUAGAGCCAGAGGAGAGCGCUGAGCAGUCUGCCUUCCAGGCUGGUCCCAUCCUCACCAAACAUGGCAAGAACCCCGUCAUGGAGCUCAACGAGCUACGUCGAGGCCUCAAGUACGACCUGGUGUCUGAGACCGGCAGCAGCCACAUCAAGAGUUUUGUUAUCGAGGUGGAGGUUGAUGGGCAGAAGUUCCAGGGCACGGGGUCCAGUAAGAAACUGGCCAAAGCCAACGCAGCCAUGGCCGCCCUGGAUAAGGUCAUGCAGGCCAGCAUACCGUUUAAGAAGAAGAAGCCCGCAUAUGGCUUGGGAUACGUUCCUCCAGCAGGCGCCGUGCGUGGCAGAGGCCGGGGGAGAGGGCGAGGCCUGAACCACAGCACCAGCAGCUACACAGCUGGUGGCAUGGGAACGUACGGCUACGGCAGCACCUCCACGUCCUUGUACAGCAGCUCUUACGACACCUCGUCCACCAGCGCUGUAGCGCCGCCCGGGGUCCCCGACAUCAAAGCGGCCUCCUCGACUCCCGCCGCCGGAGCCUCCAGCGCGUCCUCCUACAUGAGCCCCUACAGCAGCUACCCCAGCAGCGUCACUGUGGCCGCCGCCCCCGGCCCCAAAACCACCACCCCUGCUGCUGCCGCCCCCGCCACCACCGCCUACCCAGUGUCUUACAGCCAGGCCUACACCCCCUACAAGAAGCCCCCACCCAGCCAGACUCCUCUAGUGGGCCCUGACUAUGGGUACGGGUACGGGGCCAGGCACACCCCGGAAGCUACAGCUGCAGCCGCAGCCACAGCCACAGCCACAGCCACCACAGACUACAGCUAUGGGGCGUACGCCAGCCAGAUGGCCUACGGCAUGCCAGGAGCUCAGGGCUACAGCUACACCCAGUCGGCCUAUCCCAACAUAGGAGGCUACUCCACUGGGUCCACCUACCCCACCUACAAAUAGAUUCACUUCGGUCAGGAUCCAGCCUCACUCUGCUUGUUGACGUGGGGGAGCUUGCUUGCAUCAACUGAAAUGCACAGCAUCUCAAAAUCAAGCAUGGCUAUCCCUUUCUUUCUCUUUCUCUGUUUUUAGUUUUUGUUCGUUUUGUUUUGUUUUGGUCGAGGCCCAUGCGUUUGUUUGUUUUUGGCAGUGUUUUGAUACGCUGUCUCAGUGACGCUUGACUGCAGGUCUGUCUUGGGUUUUAUUACCAGUUGUUCCAUAGCCCCGUUGAUAUUUAUAUUAUGUGUGAUUGGAAAUUAAUUGUAACGUGUGACUGGUCAGGAAUCUGUUCCUACCUGGGAAGAGGAAGUUGGCAUGUGUCAUGAUGAACUUAAUUCUUUUUUUUAUUUAGCAUGGAAAAAAAGGUUUGUCAUGUUCCUUCUUUUUUGAUCAGUGUGCUGGUAGACUGGAAACUGAAGCUGUUGUACAUAAGAUGGUGUAGCGGUUUGAACCACUGCUGCUAAUUUUAUUUUUUAUCAAACAAGAGUAAUGUUCUCUCAUUAUCAGUUUGAGUUUUGUGAAUGUAGCCGAGCGGCAAUAUCUUUCCAAACUAAGUACUGAAUGAUCAGAUUUUUCUUAAUAAAAUGGAUAGGUUGUUCUUGUUUUCCAACUUAAUCAAGUUUCUAAUGAAUAAAGAAUUUUGUAUUUUCA